AUGAAGCAAACCACUAUCUUCUUUCUGGUUCUCUUUUCUAUACUUAUCACCAAUGCUCAAUCGAGGGACAAAAUCGUAACUUCCAAGCAACAUGUCAAGAAACGCUCACUUCUUGUUUCCGGCAAUAUUACACAGGCACAGAUGACGAUUAGCAGCUUUGAGAAGGGCGGAGAUAGUGGCAGGCCGUCUGAUUGUGACGGGAAGUACCACUCGAAUAGCGAGUUGAUCGUGGCAUUGUCUUCCAGCCGUUUGGGAAGCACUUCUGGUGCCUCAAAGUGA